GUACCACAUUGCAUAAAAUAACCUAAGAAGCAAAAUGUUAGCAUGUGCGUACAUUUUUACCAUUUGUUUCCAGAAAAAGUACAGAAAAAUGACAAAUUUUACAUAGUUUUACUGAAGGAUGGCUUAGUUACAGUACCGAAACAAUGGUUAACAAAUGACAAGAAAUAUACAUAUUGGCCAUCUGAUAUAAAUAUAGCACAACGUAUGAAUUUAAUUAAAUCUUGUGCCGAAGUAAACUUAGAAUGGAAAAAAUACGAGAUAGAAUGUAGAUAUGGAACAGCAGAAACUUAUACAAGGGCUCGAGAAAAGGAAAAAUUAGCAGAGAAAAUAUCCGACAUUAAUACUGCUUCAGAUGAAGAAGAAAAUAAACGUAAAAGAAAAUUACGCUGUAAGAAAACUUUAACUUCUGAAUCUGAAGAUAAUGCUUCUGAUAAUGAAGAUGCUUCUGUUGCUGCAAAAUUGCCAAAAAAAAAUAAACCUUCACAAUUGACGUAUCCAGAACCACCAACUUCAAAAAUUAUAUCUGUGUCCAGUUUAAAUAUGGAUUACAUUGACACAAAUAAAUUAGAUUCCAAUAGUGAGAUUGAAGAAGACAUUGAUGAGUAUCACAAAUCAAACAAUUCAAAUCCUCGGAAAAAUACAAGUAAUAACUCUGUUGUAAAAAAUUUGGCAUGUAACAAAAGUCAAGAAGCUACGGGUAAAAGUUUGGCAUAUAACAGAAAUAAAAAAGCUACGGAAACAGAAAAAAAAUUCAAAAAAUUCAUGAUUAGUAGUUUGGUAGAUAUUACUAAUCGCUUAAAGAGUUGCGAGUGUUUGUUAAAGAAACUGCACAAUUCUUCUCAACAAUUGGAAAAUCAGAUUUAUGAUACUGACAACAAAAUCUUGGAUGAAAAAUUCCCCAUGAAAAGUCUCGAUGACGUAAGAGAUAUUGAACAGCAAUUAAAACAUGAUGAGACAUUUAAAAACCAAGUUAAAUCGGCACUUUAUUUCAACUCACAAAGUACUAUGAAAAAAACCGUUACGAGAAUUAUGACAACAUUGUUUACAAAUGAAGUAGCUACAAAAUUCAGUUGGACUGGACAAAAAGAAAACAAACAGAGAUUUGAAACAUUGAUUUUAUGGAAAAUAAUAUAUGGUGUUGUAAGAAGCAAGUUCAAGGAUGUCACUGAGGGGGAUGUAAGCGCACCUAUUAAAAUUUGGUUAGCUCACGCAACGGAUCGACUAAAAAACAAGAGACAAGAAUGAUUAUUUUUCUAUAGCAUUUAAUUUAAAAUUUUAUGAAAAAAAAGAAGUCAUGCAUAUACGUUUCCUUUUUUGUUUAUAAUUUUUGUUUAUUAAUAUAUAUCUUUGUUGUCUAAUAAUUUUUUUUUAAUUUUUGUUUAUUGAGAUAUACUUUAGUUGUAUAAUCUAAAUUAUAAAUACCGUUUCUCAAAAAAUUGUUUUUUUUUUAUAAAAAGAUUAGAAUUGUUAUUCAACGAAUUAAAAGUAUACGAAAUUAUGAAUAAAGAUUUUAUUUGAU